AUUUGAUUUUUUAAAAUAUCCGAUGGGAAAAUCGUGAAAAAACAAAGAAGUUAGCUCAGAGUUGUAGGUUGUCUUUUGUUCUGAACUGAUUCGGACGAUGUUUCCUGUUCGAAUUAUAAUUUGAGUGGAUUAGAUGAAGCUGAACACUUUCGAAAAACACCGAACCUGCAGGGGUUGCGCGCUACACAGGACGGGACGACAACCAACCCGGAGAUGUCAAAGCAAGUGCAGAGUCUGCACUGCAGACUGUGCAGUGGCAUACGACUGUAUGCAGACUGUAAGCAGACACAAUUAUCGUGCAGCGGCACAGACGCUAUGGCGCUAGGGUAGCUGUCGAAGGUUCUUGAAUCUGGAUCCUUGAAUCUUGAUUUGAAAAGCUCAGGGGUUGUUCAGUGCCAGUAUCUCGCUACAGUUUAACAUGGACUUCAUCAAUAUCGCCAACGAUAAUCAGCCCUUGUCGUAUUACAUCGAAAAACUGAUGUCAGCAGCGGAUUGUCACGUGCUUUUAGCCGCGUUAGAAACUGUUAGCGUUUCUCCGGAGCUGGACUCCACAAAAACCAACGGCAAGGAGAUAAAGAUGGUGCAGUUCGAUAUGCAUAUCGCGAAGGCUGAACAGAAGAUGAAAGAAAUCUGCUGUACGAUUAGAGCGAAAUGGAACGCUGUUCGCAAUAUCGUUUUAGUUCAUCGGAUCGGGUAUGUCUUCCCAAGUUGUCCCUACUCAUUUGUGGGUAUCAUUGGUCACGAAUCAGAAGAAGUACGACAGGCACUGGAUGUUGCCGUUGCGGAACUAAAAAAGCUCCCAUUGUGGAAAGAAGAAACUUACACUGAUGAUUCUCGUUGUUGGACGUCUACCAGCGAUUGUUUCUGGAGAAUGAAUGCCGAGGAAAGAGAAGAACUGGAUCGGCUACAAGCUUCAGCUGCUAAAACCAAAUCCGUUGGUGCGGCAAAUAUGGACACUAAAGGAGCUGUCGGAUGCGCAGAUCCCAAAUGCUGUAUCCGAAAUGGUCGAAUCCAGAAAACGGAACCGGAUAUUUCCCUUUCAAAAAAUGUUUUGUAAAUUGAAUAUUGUUUGUUAGUUGAGGUUGAAUAUCUAAGUAGAGAGUAGACUGAGUAGACCAAUUGUCUUUCGUCUUUAGCAGAAGAUAGGCCUUUAACCUAUGCUGGGACUAAUUUUUGUUUAUACGUUGUUAUAAUGCCUCCAUAUAAUUGCAUACUUUCAUUAUUUUGAAGCCAUAACGAACAAGCCUGACGAUAAAAUUUGCGUUCCGCAUUG